AACACCUGAUAAGCAAAAAAAUCUAAAAUUCCUUUGACGGGCAAGAGUCCCGAAACUUCACAAAUUCAAGCAUCUACGGAUUGCAAUUUUCAAAAUGUCGACUCUGGAAGAGAAGCUGGACAAGAUCCGGUCGCCAAAUCUUCAGAGCCAACAACAGACCGUAGUUAUUCUCAAAGCUGUGGAGGAAACGCUGAAGGAACAGGGCACCCAACCGACGCCUACAGGAUACUUUGCUGCGCUUUUGGCCCUUUUGAACCAAUCACUCGAGAGCGGGAAGGUUAACAACGAGUUGACACCGUCAACUGUUUAUCUACUCGAUGUAGUUACGCCUUACGCGCCGCAACCUUUGCUCAGAUCCAAAUUCACACAGAUUCUCACGCUAUUAGCGCCUGUCCUGUUGCUUCAAAAUGCAGAGGCGCCUUUACUGCGGCCCUCGAUAGGGUGCCUUGAAAAUCUGCUUCUUGCGCAGGAUGCAGCAGCAUGGAAACUACCGACAAGCGAAAUAAGCCCGCGACGAGCCGUCGCCGGUCUUCUACAUCUUGCGAUGGACUAUAGGCCGAAAGUACGAAAGCGCGCCCAGAUGGCUUUGCGAAAAGUCCUCCAGAACCCUCCCCCGAGUCCGUCCUUGGACCAUCCCGCAGCGGACCUGUGCGCCGAGUCUGCAAUGAGGACCUUGACCGAAAUAGCGAGCAAAGCUGCCGCAUUGAGGAAGCAGAAGAAAUCAUCGUCGGAACAUGAUCCCGCACUUAUACAUGCUCUGCAGCUUGUAAGGACAGUAGCCGCGGCGACCGGUGGCUGGCCGAGUAAGAACAUUGAGCCGCUAUGCGAACUCUUGCUUGGUAUCGCCAGGACCGGGAAUGAACAUAUGACAAUGGCUGUUUUUGAAAUCUUCGAGAUGAUUUUCGAGGGUAUGGCGGAUGGGAUUGCGUCUGCUAAGUUACCCCGUCUCCUCGAGACCAUCUCCGAGCUGCGCCCUUCGUCUAAUGACACUCAAUUGCUGCCUCCUUGGAUUGCCAUACUAUCGCGAGGCUAUGAUGUUUCCUCUCAGAUGGAGCCGGACGAGACGUUUCAAAAGCUCCCGGAUCUGUUUACCAUGGUAUCUGAGUUUAUGGAAUCCUCCUCGCACAACAUACAGGUCUCCGCUUCGGAAUGUUUAAUCUCGUUCAUGGUGAACUGUAUUCCUGAUCAAGUCAUAAUCGAGCCUUCGAUAUACGACGAGAAGAUCCUUGAGAAGAUAGCUAAGAUUGCCGAGAGUCUCCUCAGUAUCAAAUACCAAUCCGCCUGGAUGGAAACAUUCAACGUAUUAGGUGCCAUUUUUGAUGCGCUUAGGUGGCGCGCCAACCCGAUGAUGCUGAACGUUGUGCGAGCGGUUGGCGAACUCCGCGGAAACGACUCUUUCAUGGGUAAAAAGGAGGCGGACGAGGUGAUUGGAAAGGCAAUCCUGGCGAUGGGGCCUGAAGCCGUUCUGAGCGUCCUCCCCCUCAACCUUGUCAAGCCAGUUACAGGUCAACCUGGUCGAGCUUGGAUGCUACCAAUACUCAGAGAUUAUACUGCCAAUACCAAUCUUCAGCACUUCAAGGCGGAAUUCAUUCCGCUAAGCGAGGCAAUGUUUCAGCGCAUUAUGGACAAUGGAGAUGCUAAGACGAUGGAGACUAAGAUCUUUGAGACCAUAGUCUAUCAGACCUGGUCGAUUCUACCGGGAUACUGCAACCUCCCCCUGGAUUUGACGGUGGCGUUCGAUCAGCAAUUUGCCGAGAUGCUUGCCAAUCUUCUGUAUAGACAGGUCGAUCUCAGACUUGACGUCUGCCGAGCACUCAAGGCCCUUGUCGAGUCUAAUCAAGCUGUGGUUUCGGUGGAAAGCGAAGAUGAUUUAAUCCUCGGAAGUCGAGUUUCUAAAGAAGAUGCUCAGAAAAAUCUGGCGUACCUCGGGACCUUUGCGGGCAACCUCCUGGCAGUCCUUUUCAACGUCUACAGCCAGACGCUUCCUCAGUCUAGAGGUCCUAUACUCCAGACUAUUAAUGCCUAUUUGAGUAUCACCCCUGAGAAGGAACUUAUUGGAACUUUUGAUCGUGUCAGCACGAUGCUAGCUUCUUCGUUGAACGAAGCUAAAGGCGAGGCUGGUAAAGAUAAGGGUCAAAAGUCAAAAGACCAGAUGCCCUCUACAGCUCAAACUUUGAUGGACUUGGUGAUUACCAUAUCUAUCUACCUUCCUCGCCAAAGCUUCGGGACCCUCUUCAAUAUUGCAGCUUUGAUCAUUGUGAGGGAUGAUGACCCUCAAUUACAGAAAAAAGCCUAUAAACUUAUCCCACGACUUGCUGAAUCCAACAAGGGUAAAAUAGCGCUUCAGGAGCGACAUGUAGAGCUUCAGGAAUUGGUAUUGUCGAGUGCAGAGAAAGUCUCAGUUCCUGCGCGGAGGGAACGCUUAGCGGCAAUUAGUGCAAUGAUGCCGUUCAUCCCGGAUACGUCGCUCCAUUUUAUUCCUUCAGUACUUUCCGAGGUGGUUAUCUGCUGUAAGGAGAAUAACGAAAAGGCUAGAACUUCGGCUUUCGAGCUUCUUGUUCUCAUGGGGCGGACAUUAGCGGAAGCGAAAGGCAAGUUGAUCGAUAACAGCAAGGUUCCUCAUAUGCCAAACGACGCACCGGCAGUUCCCGCAGGCAUCGAGGAAUACUUUACCAUGGUUAGCGCCGGUCUGGCGGGCAGCACACCUCACAUGAUAUCUGCUUCCAUUACCGCUCUUACUCGCAUCCUUUACGAGUUCCGCGAGAUUGUCAGCAAGGACGUGUUGAAUGACCUUGUACAGACGAUGGAUCUUUUCUUGACCUCUAACAACCGCGAAAUCGUGAAGAGUGUUCUAGGGUUCGUGAAAGUGUGUGUCAUUAGCUUGCCAACGGAGAUGAUGAUACCUCGCCUACCGUCUAUGGUUCCGAACUUGAUGGUGUGGGCGCAUGAGCACAAGGGCCACUUUAGAGCGAAGGUUAAGCAUAUUAUAGAACGAAUGGUCCGCCGUUUUGGCUUCGACGCCGUCAACCGGAACUGCCCCGAGAUUGACCGGAAGCUGCUAACCAACAUCCGCAAGACCAAGGAGCGCAGCAAGAGACGGAAGGACGCUGCUAAGGAGGAAGGUAACGACGAGGAUGAAAACCAGCGGAGCGGAAGGCGACGAAGCAGAUUCGAAAGCGAGUACGACGAAGCUCUAUACAGUAGUGAAGAGUCGGAUGAUUCUGACGACUCCGACGCUGAAGUCCUCGGAAAAUCACGCAAAGCACAGAAGGGCGGCUCCACGUACAUCAUGGAAGACGAGGACGAGCCCCUAGAUCUUUUGGACCGCAAGGCUCUCGCAAGUAUCUCGUCCACGAAACCGGGCAAGCUGCGUAGGGCGGGCAAGACCAAAGCUAAGACGGACUUGGACGGCAAGCUAAUCCUCGGCGAAGAGGACGGUGCCGAUGAUGCCAUGGUCAUCGAUACCCCUGGCGAAGGCGGCGAGGAGUCUGGUGUUGGAGCGUACGUCGCUGCGCUGAAGAGCAAGGAUGUUGGGCGGAGGGGCCGAGGCGGCAGGUUGAAGUUCUCUAAUAGAAGAGGCAAAGACGAUGACGACGAGGACGGGGAGAUGGACGUCGAUGAGAAGAAUAUCUCCACUAUCAAGACGCAUAUCAACAGGGGCGGCGGCCGGGGCGGUGCUGGUUCUCGGGGAGGCCGACCUACGCGUGGCGGCGGAAUGCGCGGCGGGAAUAGGAGCGGAAAAGGUGGUAUCGCAGCGGGCAGACGUGGCCUCGGGCAAGAGAAGAGGCACGGUCCGGCAUUUGGAGGAAAGGUCGGGAAGCCGAAGUCUCCGGGGAGGAGAUAAACCGUUUAACUCUCUGGCUGGGGGAUACAGACGCCCGAUGCCAAUCCGAGUUUGAUACCCGCUUAUAGCGCAUACGCGCAGAUUUAACUAAGUAGGUGGGCUACUGCACAUGCAGCUGUAGCUGAUCUAUGUAGAUGUCUACUUCUCAUGUCUACAUGUUUCAACGUUUAUACACUAUUCCCUUGAGUGGGUUACGGCGUAACAGGUUUCACAAAGGACUAGGAAAAUAUACUUCAUUUCAUACCUAUUUUCUCUUUACUAAACUAACGGCGGAAUGACAAUACAUCAUUAUCCUUCGUAUUAAGCUAGCUAGCUAUUUCCAUAGCAACCCAAUUCGUCAAAAGACAACAAAACAAUCAAUCCCACGACUGCAAAACCGACAAGUAUCGUGACAUGAUAAUAGAGUGGCAACGACAACGAUAACGAACAACUCGAGGAGGAAUAUGUACGAGAGAA